UAUUCUCAUUACCCGUCUCUCCUCCAUGCAGAAAAUGAAUCUCCAUAGCAUAUGCAUAUCUCUAAGUUUUCUGUUUGCCAUUUUUGCUGUUUUGCCAUCCACACACAUCAUAAAUUCAAACCCAUCUUUCCUCGAAUAUCUUAUUAAUUUUAGUCUCACCUUUUUCUCAUCAUCUCCGAUUACUUCAACUGUCAUCACAUACAACAUUGAAGGGCAUCAUAAACACCAUAAGAAGAAUAAAACAAUAAAUCCUUGCGAGGAUUUUUCACCUGACUUUCCUACGGAUAGUGACACGACCUCGUAUAUUUGUGUUGACCGAAAUGGGUGUUGUAAUUUUACAACAGUGCAAGCAGCAGUUAAUGCAAUUCCAGAUUUUAGCCAAAAUAGAACUAUUAUAUGGAUCAAUACCGGCAUUUACUAUGAGAAAGUUACUGUUCCAAGCCCCAAAACGAAUGUAACAUUUCAAGGACAAGGAUUUACAUCUACUGCAAUUGCAUGGAAUGAUACGGCCAAUUCUUCACAUGGCACAUCUUUUAGUGGAUCCGUUCAAGUUUUCUCCACUAAUUUCAUUGCCAAGAACAUAAGCUUCAUGAAUCUAGCUCCUAUUCCAAACCCUGGUGAUAUUGGAGCCCAAGCAGUGGCAAUUAAAAUAUCUGGUGAUAAAGCAGCGUUCUGGGGUUGUGGAUUCUUUGGAGCUCAAGACACCCUUCAUGAUGAUAAGGGUCGACAUUACUUCAGAGAUUGCUAUAUCCAGGGUUCCAUUGAUUUCAUCUUCGGGAAUGGAAGGUCACUAUAUGAGAAUUGCCUGUUGAUUUCCAUGGCAAAACCAGUAGACCCAGGAUCGAAAGGCAUAAAUGGAGCUCUUACGGCUCAUGGCAGAACUUCCCAGGACGAGAACACUGGUUUUGCAUUCACCAACUGCACAGUGGGUGGCAAUGGAAGAGUUUUGCUAGGUCGAGCAUGGAGGCCAUUCGCUCGUGUUGUUUUUGCCAACACAUCAAUGUCAGAUAUCAUUGCUCCAGAGGGUUGGAAUGAUUUUAACGACCCUACAAGAGACAAGACUAUAUUCUUUGGAGAAUAUAAUUGCUCAGGUCCUGGUGCAAAUAUGACCAUGAGGCUUCCUUAUGUUUUGAGACUCAAUGACACACAAGCUUCUCCUUUCCUUAAUGUGUCCUUUGUCGAUGGGGAUCAGUGGCUGCAACCUUACAAUUAGGCCUAUGCAUGUACUACGAUAACAUAAUUAUCUAAAUUUAUUCUCAUUUGUAUAUGGAGAAGACAAUGAUUCAAAUGUAAUUAUGUAACAAUAGUAAUAAAAUAGCUAGCUCAUUUGAUAUAACAACACUGGAGUUAAACUAA